CGCUGUCUCCGUGGAGGUAGUCCUCUGCCGCAAACAUGCUCCAUCAGAUCCUCGGGCAAGCCAAGAAGCAUCCCAGCUUGAUCCCUCUCUUCGUGUUUAUUGGAGCAGGAGGUACGGGAGCAGCACUGUAUGUGAUGCACCUGGCAUUGCUCAACCCAGAUGUCAGCUGGAACAGGAAAAAUAACCCAGAGCCUUGGAACAAACUCGGUCCCAAUGAACAAUACAAGUUCUACUCAGUGAGUGCGGACUACAGCAAACUGAAGACAGAGGGCCCCGACCUCUAA